AUAAUCUCCCGAAAGCCAUUGCAGCUGCCCACACCUUUCUACUGAAGCAUCCCGAUGACGAAAUGAUGAAGAGAAACAUGGCGUAUUACAGGAGCCUGCCUGGUGCCGAGGACUACAUUAAAGACUUGGAAACCAAAUCGUAUGAGAGCCUGUUCAUCCGAGCAGUGCGGGCUUACAAUGGUGAGAACUGGAGAACAUCGAUCACAGACAUGGAACUGGCCCUUCCCGACUUCUUCAAAGCCUUUUACGAGUGUCUCGCAGCCUGUGAGGGCUCCAGGGAGAUCAAGGACUUCAAGGAUUUCUACCUUUCCAUAGCAGAUCAUUAUAUGGAAGUUCUGGAAUGCAAAAUACAGUGCGAAGAGAACCUCACCCCAGUUAUAGGAGGCUAUCCGGUCGAGAAAUUUGUGGCCACCAUGUUUCACUACUUGCAGUUUGCUUAUUAUAAGUUGAAUGACCUGAAGAAUGCAGCCCCCUGUGCGGUCAGCUACCUGCUCUUUGACCAGAACGACAAGGUCAUGCAGCAGAACUUGGUGUAUUACCAGUACCAUAAGGACAAAUGGGGCCUCUCGGAUGAGCAUUUCCAGCCCCGACCAGAAGCAGUUCAGUUCUUUAACGUGACCACGCUCCAGAAAGAGCUGUAUGACUUUGCGAAGGAAAAUAUAAUGGAUGAUGAUGAGGGAGAGGUUGUGGAAUAUGUGGAUGACCUCUUGGAACUGGAAGAGACCAGCUAGUCCUCUGCAACCAGAGAGACUUCCUCUUGACGUUCAGAAAACUGAUUCUUUGUCCUCUUGCCAACAGCCCAGGUUGUUGAUACCUCAAAGCCUUCCCCUUACUCUAUAUAGCAAAAGGGGAGCCCCCAAAUUUCACACUACAUGUAACUAGGGGUGAGCCUGUCUUCCCCGUCUUCACACCUGUCUUCUUCGUAUUCAUACCUGUUUUCAUCUUCACAUCUGUCUUCCCCAUGUUCACACCUGCCUCUCCCACGUUCGUACCUGCCCCUCCUGUGUUCACACCUAUCUUUCCCAUGUUCAUACCUGUCUCUCUCACCAUUUUGGUCUGAAGGAUGGUCUUCCAUGGUUUGUUUUCUUCUGGAAAAAUCAGUAUUAUUUUUUAAAUGAGAAAAACAUU